AUGCCCAUUGACGAGAUGGCGGCCCCAACUUUGACGGGGCCCUUCGAUGCCGGUAGCCGGUGUAACCUUCACCCCAUCCUGUCCUCCGCAGCAGGCGCAGUGGGCGGGAACUUGGACAGCGGGAAGGGAGCCGAGAAAAGACGGGGGAAAUUGUUUGCUAGGGUGGUCUCACGGAUCAUGGAUCUAGAUGAAGAUGGAUUCCCCUACGAGAAACAAGAGGACCGCAAUGUCUAG